AUUUUCAGUUUGCGAUGUGGCAGCCCCGCGUUCAGGCACGCCAUAUUUUGCAAGAACGAAAAAUUCGCGUAGUGCACAGGCAAAACCCAGAAAAUCAAUAAGAAUUGCUGGUAAAUUUGGUUCGAGUCAGUGCGAGGCUCGUGUGACCUUUGCUUGGGCCAAGGGUCAAGUGGUUUUUGGCCCAUUUCAGCUGUUUCCCAACGCCGCAAAUGCGACAACAACGUAGAAGAAGAAGAAAAUCAACUAAGGGAGGCAGCGCAGACAGUUAAAAAGGCAAAAUUAAAAAUUAACCAUGAAGGAAAUGGCAAAUCCGAGCGGAGUUCAGCCGAAGUUACUGGAGGCCACCUCCUCGAUAAUAACCUACAGUCCCAGCAAGUUCCUCACGCGCGUUGGAGCAGGCAAAAGCACCUAUACCACACAUACACACACCACUACAACCACAGCGACGGCGACCGCAACAAAAACAAACAAUGCGCCAGUGGGUGGAGCCAAUUCCUCCUACUAUGUGGUUAAGGCGGGAUCCCUGGGCAGCGCAGCCUCCAUGACGGGGUCCAUUAAAGUCAGCUCGCCGCCAAAGGCUUCGCCGGUGAUUAAGUCGCCCGCCUUGGUCAUCACAUCGCCCUCAACGCCAACCGAGAGUUCCAGCACCAUUUCGGCGCCAAGUGAAUCCUCGUUUGGCGAGAAAAUGGAGCACAGCUAUAUGCGCGACACAUCAGUUCGCAGCGAAGUUAACAAUGGCCUCGCGCCGGCCAGGAACAUCCUGGUGCGCCAUCCUCCGCAGUGUCCCAGUUGUCACACCUACCCGCCGCAGCAGGAGGAGCUGGCUGACAUGCAACAGGCACAUGUGCCGCCCUACGAUGAGAUAGCCGCCAAGGAGGCAAUGAAUGAAUGCGCUCGCAUUGCAAAAUACGUGAAGAACAACAAUUCGGAUGAGCAGGACUGGGUCGAGCGUGUUAAUCAAUUUAAUUGGACGCACACUCAGCAGAUGCUAUUUGAGAAAGUCUGUGCCAUUCUGGACCAGGACCAGUUGGCUCGCCUGGCCAACGACAAACGCCAACACGAGCCCAUACACCGUCGCGUCAGUGCGGACAAGUCCGCCUCUAGGCUGCGCAAAGUUCUGGCCAGCGUGGCCUGGGAGACACGCAUCACACAGUGGAUUCACGCACUGCUCAUGGAGCACCUGCCGCCCUCGUACAUGGCCUCUUAUCUGGAAAUUCUGCAGACGUUGAAAACCAAGCUGCCUUCAUUGGUGGACAAGAUGCUGUUCAGCAGGCCACUGAACAAUAGCCAGGAGUUGCUGGCGCCGGUAAUGAAAAAGCGCUGGGAGCCGAACAUCCUGCCGAAGGGCCGUCAACUCACGCACAAUGCCAUCAUGGUGGUGCUGCCCACUAUGCCCACCAGUGGGCCAGUUUCAGAUCGCAUGCAGAAGUGGUACCAGGAAUUGGCCACUAUCACUCAGGUGGUUCAGAUCUCGCUGCCUAAUACAAACAACAGAAUUGCCAAUCAGAAUCUGGACCAGGUGGCCGAGACCAUUGUGUCCCUCACACGCGUCAAGAUCCACGAACUGCGCACGGAAAAUCCUAGUCGGGGCAUAAUACUUGUCGGCUUCAACGCUGGUUCUGCCUUGGCUCUGCAGGUUGCACUUUCGGAAAGUGUUGCAUGUGUGGUUUGCAUGGGAUUUGCUUACAACACGAUGCGUGGUCCCCGAGGGACACCCGACGAUCGCAUGCUGGACAUUAAGGCGCCGAUACUGUUUGUCAUCGGGCAGAAUUCUGCCCGUACCAGUCAGGAGGAAAUGGAAGGCUUGCGCGAGCGAAUGCAGUCCGAGUCUUCGCUGGUGGUAGUGGGCAGUGCUGAUGAUGCUCUACGGGUACCAAAAAGCAAGCGACGCAUAGAAGGCGUUACCCAGUCCAUGGUGGAUUACAUGGUGGUUGAGGAAGUCUUCGACUUUGUGAGUAGAACUCUAAGCAAUCCCCCUGGACCUCGAAUGCCCACAUCCUUGAUGCACCAGCCGGGCUAUCAACGCCAACAGAAGCAGCCAACACACAUCCUGGCCGAUGGAAACGCAAACAAGGCCGUUCAACAGAUGCGCAAGCGGAAAAUCGACGGUGGUCUUGACGAUUCAAUGCUUCAGCCGGCCAAGUCGAAGUUUGUGCCCCACAACCGCGCCCAAAAGCCGAAGCCACCGCGCCUCAUUGAUCCGUUUGCUGCUAAGCGAAAGGUUGGAAGACCCCGAACUCGCCCCCUCCCUAAUGUCGGUGGCUCGGCCGGCUCUGUCAUCCAAAAAGGCGCAUCUCAUCCAGACAAUCCGAAGUUGAGAAGUGAAGAACUAAACCAAUCCAUUAAAUUCAUACUAGAUGAUGCCCUGGACUACGAAGAUGCGCACUCUGGACUGGGUGGAUCAGCAGGCGUGCCCAAGGUGAUCACUCCAGGCGCUUUGGGGAAACAACUGCCUGCCGUUAAUCUCGCAGCCGGCACCAAGAUUAAGAUGAUACCCCCCAACCAGUUUGUUCAAAUCUCCAAGCCCCUUUCGUCACAGGGAAAACUCAUCAACUACACGCUGAGCAAGCCAGGUGGGGGAACAGCCACCACCGCCACCAUUGGCAGCAUUGUAAAGACGCUGCCAAGUUCAGCGGUUAGUGGCCAGCAGAUCUUCACCUUGAAAACGCCCACGGGACAAACGCAGCAAUUCGCAACUGCUGGCUCAUCGACGGGUGUAGUCGGUUCGUCGACAUCCACAGGAGCGGGUCAACAGAAGUACACGGUGUUCAAGAACGCCAACGGCAUGACCAUGCUGCAUCUUACAAAGAGUGUACCCACCACAGCGGCUAGCAGUCCUUCGGGGAAUAUGGAUUUGUCCAACAUUAUCGAUAUGCCCAUUGUUUUUGCCGACAACGAGGGUAACAUUCCCGAGCAUCAACAGGCGGACAAGGAUAUUAAACCAGCCCCCAUUCGAAGCGCCAAUAAGAGCCCUUUGAUCAUAAGUCAGAAGAUCAUAAAGGAGGCUAAUAAGCCUCCAGGCAUGGUCACCGCCAGUGCAGCACCAAAGACGGGCAACAUAGUGCUCAACAAAAGCCUUCAGCAGUUGUUCACCCCUGCGCCGGGGGGAACCGUCUCCAGUCAGAAUAAACUGGUGUACCUUAACCGGAAUACAAUAAAACCAAUGGGAAAUGUGGUGACCGGUACUCAUCGGGUGCCUAUUAGGAUUGUGAGCAGUCCGAAGACGGGAGGAGGAGUGACCACCACCACCACAGCCGCCAACAGUCCAAUCAUGGUGGAUCCUGCUACAGGAUCUCUGGUAACCAGUGUCAAGACCCUCAAUGUGCAGACCAUCAAGUCAUCGGGUUCUGGUCUCGCGCAAGGAACUCUUCGACAAGCGGGCAACGUGGCCAGCAAGGGCUAUUCGCAGUUCCAGGUGAUCAAUAGCAGCACUCCGGUGACAGCCAAAAGCGUUUCUGGAGACGGUAAGACGCCCGUGCGAAACAUCUACUUCAAAUCCGCCACCGGACUCAAGCCAGUAACGAUGUUGGGAAAUCGCAUACCGGGCGGAACCGUUGUUUCGUCAUCAGCGGCCACCUCUACGGGAGCUUCUGCCGUGCGUCGUGUGGUCAACAUCGGGCCCGCUUCCAAGGUGGCGAGCUCGUCGACAACACCAACAACUUCAGCUACUACUUCGACCCCAAACAAAAACUAGAAUUAGACAGGGUUAUGUUUUUGUCUUGAUUACAUUUUAGUUAAUAGAUGAUAGCUGAUAACUGUGUAAAUAUGUUAAGGAAGGCACUUAAUAAGUUGGUGACUAGGGGGUCUUGGAUUUCCCCCUACCCAUUAUUUCAUUAAAAUAAAAAGAUAUAAUUUGACCAAAAAAA